AUGGCUCAAGUGGCAGCGCGGCUCUGGAGGCUCCUGACCUUCGUGGUCGCCCUUCCCGGCGUCGGCGUGUGCAUGCUCAACUGCUACCUGAAAGGGCAGCACGAGCACCAGCGGCCCGAGUUCGUCCCGUACGCCCACCUGCGCAUCCGAACCAAGCCUUUUCCCUGGGGUGACGGGAACAAAACUCUUUUCCACAAUCCCCAUGUUAAUGCCCUCCCAACUGGUUACGAAGAUGAAAACUAAGAUCUUGACCAGAGCUCAAACUUUGGCUCUUCCUGCGUUUGGAGCGCUCUCUGGAAACCAUCAUUUAAGAAAUUCUGUUUUCCUUCUACUAUCACGUUGAAUGGUUUUGCGACCUGUUAUGUAUUUGUAUAGAGGUCCUUCAAAUAAAAUCUCCUAACUUAA